GUUGAGUUUGGUUCGGUGCGGUGAGGACAGGCGCUCCGUCCUCAAUUAUUUUAAAAAGACUCAAUUCUUCUUGAAAAGAGAGAAAAAAAAAAACCGUGGAAUCGACAGAAUAAUCGAACAAAACGAAUAAUCGAAAAAAAAAAAAAGAAGAGAAAGGAAAACGUAACCGUACAAAGUUACCCAACAGUGUGAACAAACAUUACGAUAAAGAGAGCUGGGGUGAGUGGAGAGAAUGUCUUCCUCCACUUAAGGAAAAGGAACCAACCUCGUGAACUGUCACCGAGAAAAGGAAACGAUACGAAAAAAAAUAGAAUAAUAAAAACCACAAUAACUGGUAGAUAAUAUAGAAAUAAAAGCAAAACAAAUAAUAAAAUCACGCCAGGGAGUGCUGUUAUAAAGACAAGACUCCCUCAGCGCUACUCAACGUAACUUUGGUCCCUGUCGCCGCCAUGAGGAGCAGCAAUCACACUUUCAGAUACUUGACCGCCACACAGGCCCAGUACCUGCCGCAGGAGGUCAAUUUCUGGACCAUGGCCAUAGUAGCAGUAGGGACAGGCUUCAUCCUCACGGUGGCUGUCUCCAUCUACUUGAUCUGCCAGACUCGGCUCGAGCGCCCUCUGGCGGUCCGUCAGCAGCGCACGGUGCGGUACAUUAGCCACGGUCCAGACAUCUACCUGCGUCCCCACCAGUGUCCUCCUACCAAUGCCCCGCACCUCGACGACUUGGCCUUGACUCCCUACCACCUCCAGGAACCUCCGGAAGGAGCCACUGCCUCUCUCCAUUAGCCUGGCACCCACCCGCCUACCGUGACUGAAGAAGGGUCGUGGUGACACAAACAGGAAGGCAGUUUGAAUAUAGAGUUUCGUUUAGAUCAGCUUCGUGAAGUAAUGCAAAACAGUCAGCGACAUAAGAUUAGCUGGAUUGAAAAGCACAAAUCAAACCAUGAAUGCAUUUUUUCGUUAUAAUAAAGAACAUUCUUCUUACCCUACGUCACUGUCACCGUCACACAUUGUUACAUUAAUCCCUUUAGUAACAUGACACGUUUUAAUAUUUGUUUUGCUUACUGUUUGGUGACUUAAACAGUUUCAGAAACUUAUGUGGGUGAUUGAAAUAAUGAAGUCAAUAUCUAUUAACCUUCUGACCUCCAUAGACCCUUCGUAAUGUUAAUAAAAUCGUUUAAUCACGUCCAAAACUCAAGGUAAAAAUGUGUCCCAACUCUGAAGGGGUUAAUAGCAGAAUGAACAAUACUCGUACAGCAUAAUAUUAACAUGUCAGUUCACAAACACAUCCCAUGCCCACAGACCCGCAGUGACUUCCCUUGAUCUUUACUCUAUUAACACAACGUCGCAGCAUUGCACCACACCAGAAAAGCUCACCACAUCACCACAACGCAACAUACUAAAGCCCUAGACCACAAGAAAAGGUAAUGCAACACAUCAUAACGCCAUAACCACAGCACACAACACUGUAGACAAGACCACAACACCACAGAACAUAGCACAUCCUUACUCGCGAUCCUCAUCUCAUCACAGUCCGGCCAAUAAAUUCGUGAUGGAUAUAUGGAAACAGUGAAAAGAAUAACGGCCGACCCUUCAUUAUUAGAUUAUUAAUAUACGUGAUGAGAGAGAGAGAGAGAGAGAGAGAGAGAGAGAGAGAGAGAGAGAGAGAGAGAGAGAGAGAGAGAGAGAGAGGUGUACCAACAUAACCCUCGUUCCGUCAAGAUAAGAUAAAAUGGACGUAAUGAAUCGAAGAAGAUUGACACGUCUGAAUGGUGAGAUAUGUACGUACUUGUCAUCACCCUUUCUACAACACACACACACACACACACACACACACACACACACACACACACACACACACACACACACACACACACACACGACGGAAAGGUUUUGCUUAGAUGGCUGAGAUAGUGUUCGUUCAUCCAAUGUUCCGAGGGCUAGUGUGUUGCAAGGCUUUGUUACUGUGAUGGCUUGUAAUGAAUGCUUUUGUGUGUAUAUAUGGUUAUUUUGGGAAUCAGGGAUACACUUCACUGAUUCGACUGAUGCAUCGCUCCUUUCUCCUUUUAUUUUUAUUGAAGAAUAGCAUUUUCCCUUUGUCUUUUUUUCUUCUUUUACUGUUGCAUUUUGAAAACAACAGAAAAGUGUUUUUUUUUCAUUUCGUCUUUUGUUUUUAUCUUCUUACUGAAGCACCCAUUUAACAAAGAGCGAAAGACAUAAUGUGUGUUCUUUUUAUUUUUACUGUAUAAUUCACAAACAACAAACUAUCUAACUUACUUUUCUUUCGCAGUGUGAAGUUAGUACGUAUGUGUGUAAGUGCCCUAUAUCCACAUAACAGAAGUCAUGAUACAUAAACUAAUAAUAAUGUUUGUCAUAAAAAAAACCUAUGUAACCUUAUUUGUUAUAAAGUAUAGAUAGGAUGAAGUCUCUAAGAUCAAAACUAAAUGAAGUGCUCUAUGCUAUACGUAAUUGUCCUAGUUAUUAAUAAUCAAAACAAAUAGAAAUAAACUAAUGUAUUUCC